AUAUUAGAAUAGAAUAGACAUGAAUGGAUUGCAUCGCUCUCAUGUGUUACCGAUGCAGAAAGUGGGGGCGUGGCUCCACCUAAAAUAAGGCUCAGCCUCCUUAUGCGGAUUGGCCAGACCUGCCCUGUUCUAGAACCGGGAAGUUUAUGGCAAGUCCGCCCUCCCGCGAGUCUCAAUACAUAACUGUCUCUUUGUACGUUACACGAGAGGAGUAGACUGAGUAGUGUGCGCUAGUUUGAGCCGUCCUCUUUCGGAACUGUUGGUGACAUUCAGUAAUGAAGGGAACUUGUCAUAGACUCCAAGGGUAAAAUUUGGGAGUCAUUAUUUCAAGCGCAUUUACCCAAACGUCCAGGUUCUCUCCAAGGACUGUCCACCCGGGAUGUUCGACCUAACGAAGGAAUGGAAUCUGUCGUUUGCCGGCUGCGGGUUCCUGGGGAUCUAUCACAUCGGAGUGGCCAGCUGCCUGUUGGAACAAGCGCCUUAUCUCAUCAAAGGUGCCACCAAGAUCUACGGGGCUUCGGCCGGUGCCCUAACCGCCUCGGUGCUCGCCAGCCAGGCAUCCAUAGCUAAGUGCUGUGAGGAUGUGAUCGAGACAGUCAAGGAGGCCCGGAAGCGUAACCUGGGUCCCCUCCACCCCUCCUUCAACCUGGUCAAGGUCAUCAGGUCGGGCCUGGAGCGCGACCUGCCCGCCGACGCGCACACACUCGCCUCCGGGAGGCUGUGUGUGUCACUCACUCGCGUGUCUGAUGGACAAAACGUCAUCGUGUCCGAGUUCAAGUCCAAGGAGGAGCUCAUCCAGGCACUGCUGUGUAGCUGUUUCAUCCCCAUAUACUGUGGCCUGAUCCCUCCAUCCUUCCAAGGAGUGCGUUACGUGGAUGGGGGAAUCAGUGACAACCUUCCUCAGUCAGAGCUGAAGAACACCAUCAGCAUCUCUCCGUUCUCCGGCGAGAGCGACAUCUGUCCCCGGGACACCUCUUUCAACUUCCACGAGCUUCGUUUCACCAACACCUCCAUCCAGAUGAACCUGGACAAUAUGUACCGCCUCAGCAAUGCCCUGUUCCCCCCAGAACCCAAGGUCAUGGCAGAGAUAUGUCAGAGUGGCUACAAGGACGCCCUUCGCUUUCUUGAGGAGAACCAUAUGCUGAAGCUGAAGAGUCCGACUGCCGGCCCCAGCCUAUCAGAAGCCACACACACCUGCUGCUGCAAGCCCAUCGCCACGGAAACCACUAAGGACUGGAUGCUCCGCCGGCUCCGCCUCCUGAGGAAGCGGCACUGGUGGCUGGACGAGCAGAUUGUUGACAACCUGCCAACCCAAAUCAAAAAAGUGUUUUGUGAGGCGUGCCAGCAGAAGCCUGGUCUGUAUGCUCAGGUGUCCGAGAUGCUGCCGGUCAGAGUGGCCUCCUACAUGCUCCUGCCCUGCACACUACCUGUGGUAUCAGCCUACUCAGUGGGCAAGAGGUUUGUGGAGUGGAUCCCAGAGGUGCCUGCAGAUAUGCGUUGGCUAGCUGGGGUGGCUGGGGAUGUGGCUGGGAGCGUGUACAGACAGACCCGGAGAGGAGCACCAGCAGACAUAACCAGUGAUGGUUCCCUGAGGAAUUGCAUGAGCCUGCCCCUACCCCUGGACAGUGACGGACCCAGGGAGAGAGACUGUCACCUCUCCGGGUUCGCUCUCUCUGCUCUUGACCUCCAAAGCCAAUACUGGAACAUCCCCACCGCCCCCUCUUCCCGCCGCCCCACCAGCCCCCUCAUGCCCAGCCCCUCCCCACGACAGAUCUGCUUCUUUGUUGGCUCGCAGGACGAGACUGACUGACAGUCCCAUCCACCAAUGAGAGGACACUUUGACUUUGUUUUAAAAGAUGAUAGGACAGUCCAGCUCAAGAUCCCUCCCACAGGGCCUGUCUAUAGGCUAUAGGAACUGGGAUGGACAAAGGAUGGUCAUGUGAUUGAAUAGCUUUGGGAUCCAGAACUGUUGCUAUAGACACACAAUUUUUUUUAAUUUUUUUUAUUUCACCUUUAUUUAACCAGGUAGGCUAGUUGAGAACAAGUUCUCAUUUGCAACUGCGACCUGGCCAAGAUAAAGCAUAGCAGUGUGAGCAGACAACACAGAGUUACACAUGGAGUAAACAAUUAACAAGUCAAUAACACAGUACAAAACAUAGGGGGAGUCUAUAUACAAUGUGUGCAAAAGGCAUGAGGAGGUAGGCGAAUAAUUACAAUUUUGCAGAUUAACACUGGAGUGAUAAAUGAUCAGAUGGUCAUGUACAGGUAGAGAUAUUGGUGUGCAAAAGAGCAGAAAAGUAAAUAAAUAAAAACAGUAUGGGGAUGAGGUAGGUGAAAAUGGGUGGGCUAUUUACCAAUAGACUAUGUACAGCUGCAGCGAUCGGUUAGCUGCUCAGAUAGCUGAUGUUUGAAGUUGGUGAGGGAGAUAAAAGUCUCCAACUUCAGCGAUUUUUGCAAUUCGUUCCAGUCACAGGCAGCAGAGUACUGGAACGAAAGGCGGCCAAAUGAGGUGUUGGCUUUAGGGAUGAUCAGUGAGAUACACCUGCUGGAGCGCGUGCUACGGGUGGGUGUUGCCAUCGUGACCAGUGAACUGAGAUAAGGCGGAGCUUUACCUAGCAUGGACUUGUAGAUGAAAGUCUUUUCAUGUCUUUUGAUCACUCUAACAAUCAUAUUUUAUUCUACAGUACACAUUGUAGAACAAUUUACCAGCUCACCACCAAAGACCUCUGAAAAUGAAUAAUUUUUUGAAAUUAUACAUUUUAUAAAUAACUAUGUCUAGUUUUUCCAGAUUACUUGUUGUCACUACAACUAUACCUACCUACUUACAGUACCUACCUACCAGAGGAGGCUGGUGGAAGGAGCUAUAGGAUGACUGGCUCAUGGCUGGAAUAGAAUAAAUGGAACGGUAUCAACCACAUCAAACAGGGGCGGCAGGUAGCCUAGUGGUUAGAAUGUUGGGCCAGUAACCGAAAGGAUGCUGGAUUGAAUCCCUGAGCUGACAAGGUCAAAAUCUGUUGUUCUGCCCAUGAAAAAGGCAGUUAACCCACUGCUCCCCGGUAGGCUGUCAUUGUAAAUAAUAAUAUUUUCUUAACUGACUUUCCUAGUUAAAAUAAAAAACAUGGAAACC